AUGACCGUCGCUGGCUUUUUAGUCUUCCUCAUCAUUAAAACUUACUCCAUAAUAUUUGGUAAUCAAUUUCAAACUUCAACUAAUCUCACUAGGUUCAUCCCAAUAUCUUUGAAUCUAAGUCUUAAUACUGCCUCCUUAUUUUACUAUAUCGAAAGAAAUUCUCCAAACCCAGACUCAUACUUUUACUAAGCCUACAAUAAGUAUAUAGAAAGCUUGGUCUUUCACUAUCAAAUACAGGCGUUUGUACUCUUAAUGACGUUGACUGUAUACUUCAGACAGCAGUAUGAACACUCAAAAACUCAAAUCUGGAGUGAGUUUGAGUUCACCACUAGGCAAAUCAAGGCUCAUGAUUAUUUCGAAAGAAGAGUGGCUAUAUUCUCUCUGAAUGGCUUGAUACUUUUCAGUUCAUCAAUCUGCUAUUGUUUAUGGGCCAUAUUUUACCUUAAGCCUGCAAUUUACAAGCUCUAUGAUAUCAAACCUGACUUAAAUCUGACAUAUGCUGUCAAAUAUGCAUUCUGGCAUGCGAAGAUACAAAUGAUAGCUUUUAUUUACCUAUUGAUAUUAUUUACAAUCGCAUUUUUCAUGAAGAUUAUCCCUAUUUUGUGCUAUCUAUUAUGUCCACAUGCCUAUGGUAAGUUUAGAAUGAGAUUAAGCAGAAUGAGACAUGGGCGAUACCAACUUAGAAGCUAACAACCCUAUCGAAGGUUUGAAAAUUGA